GCCCCGCCCCCACACCGAGCUUCCCGAGUCUGGAUUCCGAGGCCUCUUGUCUGAAGGUGCCAGGGUUCCUGCCCUUCUUGCGCAGGGUCGGGGAGCGGGGACUCGAAGUGUGCGCUGUAAUGCUGGGGUCGAGUCCGCGGAUGCAGACUAUGGAGAGCUCGCUGGCUCUGCCCCGUAUGCCGCCGCACGACUCUAGGAUUCCGGCGCUGUCGGUGGUCGAUAUGCACACCGGCGGCGAGCCCCUGCGCAUCGUGCUGGCGGGGUGUCCCGAGGUGGCCGGCCCCACCCUGUUAGCCAAGCGGCGCUAUAUGCGCCAGCACCUUGACCACGUGCGGCAGCGACUCAUGUUAGAGCCCCGGGGGCACCGGGACAUGUACGGAGCCGUCCUCGUGCCGAGCGAGCUGCCGGACGCGCACCUGGGCGUCCUGUUCCUGCACAACGAGGGCUACAGUUCCAUGUGCGGCCACGCCGUGCUGGCGCUGGGCCGCUUCGCGCUCGACUUCGGGCUGGCGCCGGCGCCCCCAACCGGCGUCGGCGAGGCCCGCGUAAACAUCCACUGCCCGUGCGGGCUGGUGGCCGCCUUCGUGGAGUGCGAGGGCGGCCGUAGCCGCGGCCGGGUUCGCUUCCACAGCGUGCCGGCCUUUGUGUUGGCCACAGAUCUCAUGGUGGAUGUUCCUGAUCAUGGAAAGGUAGCAGUGGACAUUGCCUACGGUGGUGCGUUUUAUGCAUUUGUUAGUGCUGAAAAGUUUGGACUUGAUGUUUGUUCUGCAAGGAUAAGGGACCUUGUGGAUUUAGCAAGUGCAGUGACAGGAGCAGUGAAAGCUCAGUUUAAAAUUAAUCAUCCUGACAGCGAAGACCUUGCCUUUCUGUAUGGAACCAUAUUAACAGAUGGAAAAGAUGCUUAUAGUGAGGAACCAACCACCAACAUCUGUGUGUUUGCAGAUGAACAGCUUGACAGAAGUCCUACUGGCUCUGGAGUGACAGCCCGAAUUGCCUUACAGUAUCACAAAGGGCUUCUAGAGCUGAACCAGAUCAGAGCCUUUAAAAGCAGUGCAACUGGCUCUGUAUUCACUGGCAAGGCUCUGAGGGAAGCAAAAUGUGGUGAUUUUAAAGCAGUUAUAGUGGAAGUAUCAGGACAAGCCCAUUAUACGGGUACAGCAAGCUUUAUAGUAGAAGAAGAUGACCCACUUAAAGAUGGAUUUCUUCUCAGAUGACUUCUUUCAUUACUUUUAAAGGCUUUUUUUUAAAGCAGUUAUUAUCUACAAUAAUUUUUCUCUAAAUCAUGUGAAAAACAAUAUCCAAAUUAGACAUGUAAGCUCACUUCCAUUCUUUCUAAAGUAGUACUCUGUGGCUAAAGUCAUUAUACCCCAUAUUUGCAAAUGUAUUUUGGUAUAAAUGUCAUAUACGCCUAAAAUUCAGAAUCUUUUUCUACUUAUUAACAUAUCAGGCAAAUUAAAACCUUAGUUCUUGUUCCUUUUCAAAUAUUACUCUUGGUGAUUAUCAUAAUCUUUUGUUUUAAAGGCUCUUUGAAUAUAUCUUGAAUUGUAGCCCUCAAGUUCAUUAUUUUUGUUUUCCAGUUUUUGAGUGAGAUCAUGCCUCUUCUAUAAGCAACAUGUAAGGCAGGUGGAUUUUUAUAAGGGACUCAACACUUAGCAUAAAUAGACUAGGAAAAGGUGGGGAGGGGGAGCUUUCUUUGACUAGGCAUUGCUCUUGCUGCUGCUGGGAUGUUUUCUGACCCGCAGUGGCCAGCUCCCACCCCACAGGUAACUGAAGUCUUGUAUACUCAUGUGAAAAGACCAAUCAAUAAUCAGACUUUUGCCAUAGCUCUAAGGCUUUUAUAAAAGGCAUUGUUUAUUGCAUUACUGAAAUACAGCUACACAGUAGAGAUUCACCAGUGAAUCAUUACAGUGGGAUGAGUCUCAUACUGUUCCAUCUGCAUGCUAGGUAGAUUUAAAGCAUGAAAGAGAUUUUACUUAUUGGCAUUCUCACUAGUUAAUAGUUGUCUGUGAGCCUGUUAAAAAUAAUAUUUAAUUGUUAUCAGUCAUUAUAAAUUGAAGCAUUAAGAUCUUAUUUCUUUUAACAUUUGGUUGUCUCAGAGAAUUCAGUAAAUUCUUCUGUGAGGUAGAUGUUCCGGUUUGCUAAUGCUGUCGUUAUGCAAAAUAC